AUGGACGUCUCCUACGUUUGGCUCCUCACUGCGUCUCUGAUGUUGUUCCACCAGAACCAAGCCUCCGGCGUCUCAGUCACGAGCCCCACAGCGAAGGAGGGCCCCCUGGUGCAGCUCAACCACACGGCCCACCGGCGAGAGAAACGCUGCUCCUGUGAGAACCAGAAAGACAAAGAGUGCAUCUUCUUCUGCCACAUCGGCAUCGUCUGGGUCAACAGCCCGAGCCGAGUGGUUCCGUACGGAUUCGGAUCAGUGCGACUCCGCAGGCAGCUCAGACGCUGCUUCUGCACAAACACACAGGACGACAAGUGUAUGAGCUUCUGCUCGGUACACACACAAACAGAGUGAGGACACA